CAGCAGUAGCAGCGAGCGCAACGCUUUUAGAGCGGCGGCAGGGUCCCUCACAUGAUAAUUUUGAAAUGUUGGAGAAACUACGCUGUGCAACAACCUUUUACUACAGAGUCAAUGCGAGCAAAGUGGACUUUGAAUGCUUCAAAAUGUGCCCCAGUCGGACCAUAUUUAUGUUGAAAUAAGGAAAAGGUCGGAAGAGCUAAGAGGGGGAGAUUUCCUAAGGAUGAGUGUAGACAACGGGGAGACAUUCAGGCUUUAGCGGUUGGAGCCACUACAACUUGAGUCUCAGGAGAAAGAAAGGUGCGUUCCUACUUGGACAGCGGAAUCUUUCGCAUUUUUGGCAAUAAUCAUGCCUGUUCGGAGAGGUCAUGUUGCGCCACAAAACACCUUUUUGGGGAUAAUUAUAAAGAAAUUUGAGGGACAAAAUAAGAAAUUCAUUAUAGCCAAUGCCCGGGUUCAGAACUGCGCCAUCAUCUACUGCAACGACGGCUUCUGUGAGAUGACCGGCUUCUCGCGGGCGGAUGUGAUGCAGAGGCCGUGCACAUGCGACUUCCUCCACGGAGAGUUCACCCACAGGCAUGCCAUCGCCCAGGUAGCCCAGGCUCUGAUGGGGUCUGAGGAGCGCAAGGUGGAGAUCACCUACCACCGCAAGGAUGGCUCUGACUUCCUGUGUAACACCCACAUCAUCCCAGUGAAGAACGAGGAGGGCAUGGUCAUGAUGUUCAUCCUCAACUUUGACUACAUCCUAGAGGAGGACAGCAGUGACUCUCUGGAGGGACUCAACCACACGUCUCCUGCCAAAGCUGAACCAAGGAAAGGUAGAUUGUUUUGUUUCCGGCUCCCAGCCUUACACCUCCUGGGCAUCAGUAAGCAGUCCCUCCCUCAGCAGGACCCUGACGCCGUCAUAAUCGACUCGCCCCGCCGCAGUGAAGAGACGGUGGCCACCCGCGACUUCCAGUCACUGCCCACCCGGGAGAGCUGCAGCCCCUCCUACGCCAACGACACGCGGGCCCUCAUUGGCCCCAGCCACUGCUCCACCCCUGUGUCGGGAUCCCUGGACCACUCGUCCCCCAAGGGGCCCUUCUGGGACAGGCUGGUUCCUCAAGCGGUUCCCCAGGCCCAGCCCCAGACUGUGGGCCCUCUGGCCCCCUCCAUCCCAGGCCUGACCCCCACCGCGUCCAGGGAGAGUGUGUGUAGUAUCCGGAGGGCCUCCUCUGCUCAGGACAUGGAGGGUUUUGGCUCCAACUCCAAGAUGGCCUUCAGGGACCGACAUGCAAGUGAAGUGUCUCGGUCCUGGAUGGCUGGGGGACCCUUCAACCAGAUCAAAUCCAGUCUUCUGGGCUCCACGUCUGACUCUCACCUCAACAGAUACAGCACCAUUAACAAGAUCCCCCUCAUCACGCUCAACUUCUCAGAGGCCAACAACGACAAGAAGUGCCCCUCCCCUCCGUCCUCCGAGAAAGCCAUCAUCGCCCCAAAGGUCAAGGACCGAACGCACAACGUCACCGAUAAGGUCACACAGGUGCUAUCCCUGGGCGCAGAUGUGCUUCCCGAGUACAAGCUCCAGACGCCCCGCAUGGACAAGUUAACCAUCCUCCACUACAGCCCCUUCAAAGCGGUGUGGGACUGGCUCAUCCUGCUGCUGGUCAUCUACACGGCCAUCUUCACGCCCUACUCCGCCGCCUUCCUCCUCAACGACCUAGAGGAGCAGAAGAGGAGGGAGUGCGGCUACUCGUGCUCGCCGCUCAACGUGGUCGACCUCAUGGUGGACAUCAUGUUCAUCGUGGACAUAUUGAUCAACUUCAGGACAACCUAUGUGAAUCUCAACGAGGAGGUGGUCAGCCACCCGGCGAAGAUAGCCAUCCACUAUUUCAAGGGCUGGUUCCUCAUCGACAUGGUGGCUGCCAUCCCCUUUGAUCUGCUCAUCUUCGGCUCGGGAUCGGAGGAAACCACAACUCUGAUUGGGCUGCUGAAGACCGCCCGGCUGCUCCGACUAGUUCGCGUGGCCCGUAAGCUGGAUCGAUAUUCAGAGUACGGCGCCGCCGUCCUUAUGCUCCUCAUGUGCAUCUUCGCCCUCAUUGCCCAUUGGCUGGCCUGCAUCUGGUACGCCAUCGGCAAUGUGGAGAAGCCCUAUCUGGAGCACAAGAUUGGCUGGCUGGAUAACCUGGGUGUGUCCAUUGGAAAGAGGUACAACUACAGUGACCCCAGCUCUGGCCCGUCCAUCAAGGACAAAUACGUCACGGCCCUCUAUUUUACCUUCAGUAGUCUGACCAGCGUGGGCUUUGGCAACGUCUCCCCCAACACCAACUCCGAGAAGAUCUUCUCCAUCUGUGUCAUGCUGAUUGGCUCCCUGAUGUACGCCAGUAUCUUUGGUAAUGUGUCGGCCAUCAUCCAGCGGUUGUACUCUGGUACGGCGCGGUACCACCUGCAGAUGCUCCGGGUCAAAGAAUUCAUCCGCUUCCACCAGAUCCCCAACCCACUGAGGCAACGCCUGGAGGAGUACUUCCAACACGCUUGGAACUACACCAACGGCAUCGAUAUGAACAUGGAGGUCCUAAAGGGUUUCCCAGAGUGUCUCCAGGCUGAUAUCUGCCUCCACCUCAACGCGAGUCUGCUCCAGGGCUGCAAGGCAUUCCAAGGGGCUACUAAGGGCUGCCUGAGGGCCCUGGCCAUGAGGUUCAAGACCACGCACUCCCCACCGGGCGACACACUAGUCCACUGUGGAGACGUGCUUACUGCCCUCUACUUCUUGUCCCGGGGGUCCAUCGAAAUCCUCAAGGAAGACAUUGUGGUGGCCAUUUUGGGGAAGAAUGACAUCUUUGGGGAGAUGAUCCACCUGUACACCAAGCCGGGGAAGGCCAACGCGGACGUGCGGGCGCUCAGCUACUGUGACCUGCACACCAUCCAGAGGGAGGAGAUCCUGGAGGUGCUUGACAUGUACCCCGAGUUCGCCGACUACUUCCUCAGCAACCUGGAGCUGACCUUUAACCUCCGAGACGAGAGUGGCAAGCCUCAGAAUGCAGAGUCAGUCUACCCCUCCCCCAGUGAUUCUGAUGGGGAUGACAUCAAAUGCAGAAGAAGGCUCACUAACAAGAGGAAAUCUUCCGCAGGGACCCAGAUCAAAGAGACGUCGGUGUUCUGCGAUGGUGGUGAGCGGGAGAGGCAGCUCUACCCCACCUCCCAGGCUGUAGCCACCGUGGUGGAGGAGAGGAGAGACUCAGAGGAGGAGAGGGAAGAGGAAGAAGAGGAGGAGGAGGGAGGGGAGGGGGAGGAGCAGAGGCCUCUGUGCUCGGGGGGGCAGGGUUACCCCUUGGUGAGGGACCACACCUUGGGAUUUGGGCUGGGGGACGUUGUUCCGGACGCGUCGGGGGGAGGAGACAAUGUGGAGAGGAGCCAGUCUUAUAAAGACCUGCGUGGGGAGGAGUGGGGGUGCGUGCGGCCCAGGGAGGUCCUGGAGGAGUCGGCCCAGGACUCCCGAAGUGGGGUCAUAGAGGAGGACAGUGAGCCGGACAACACCUACGGAGAGGUGGAGCAACGUCUGGACCUGCUGCAAGAGCACCUAAACAGGCUGGAGUUCCAGAUGACAUCAGACAUCAAGGCCAUCCUCCAGCUGCUGCAAAGGCAGAGCACCGUGGUUCCCCCAGCCUACAGCAUCGUCACCUCCAGCCCAAAGUACCAGAGGCCUGCCAUCAGGGUGCAGCCUGUUUCUGCCAUCAGGAUCUCAGAGCCUCAACACAGCCUCAACCCUGCUUCACCACUGGCUCAGAAUCCUGACAUGGAGAAGCCUCUGAACAAAUCCAAAGAAUCUAUGUCGGGCCAGGGUCCCACGGAAAUGCCCCCAGAAGAGGACCUCAGGGCGGGACUGCUAGAGAAGGACACAGAGCCCAGACACAUACAAAACAAAAUUGACUCUCUGGAGAAACAACAACAACCUAGUGCCCUCUUCCCCUCUGCCAGACAAGCCUCGCUCCCCGACGCAUCACCUGAAAAUUCAGAAACGUCAGGACUCCACAGGCCGGUAUCCGACCCUGGGCUUCUGGGAAGGUAGGCCCUUUCGCCUACCUGCGCCCCUCUUUCUCACUACGGAAAACUAGGGCUUCUCUCAAAGUUUGACUCAGGGUCUUAGAAGGAGACUGUAUAUGCAAGGAAUACUGUCGACUUUCUUCCACUCCUUUUCCAAUAUUUUCUGCCGAUCUCUGAUUUAGAUGUGUUAUAUAGUACAUUUAUACAGCGGUAUUUAUACUGUAUAUUACUAAUAUCUGUAAUUAUCUACCAUGUACAUAUUUCAGAUGUAACACUGCCAGCAACACAAAGGCACCUAACAUGCUUGUUCUUCCAAGAGAGAAAAAUGCAUGUUUUGGAAGUGAUUUCUGUUGCAUGUUCAAAACACAACACCAUCUCAUGCACUGCACAGUCAUGGUGUGAGGUCGGCAUGCUUUCAGAGUAAUGAGUAUCCGUUAUAUAAUUAUUCCCAAUCGAUGGGGACAAAGCCACGUGAAACUCUCUUUCAAAGGCAUUUGCAAUCUGAAAAUAAGUGUGCGGUUUUAAACUCAUCGCGUUAAAUGACCUUAUCAAACAGACACCAUGUAAUGCACUUGGCUAAUUAACAAUCUCCACGUCCGACAUGAUAUACGAUAAUAUUUCAUCGUAUACUGUGUCUAAGUACCUACCCUCCACAUGUCUUUCAAAAAGUCAUCUGAUCAUAAGAGACAAAGAACCACUAUGUAAAAUACAUUAUUCUAUUGGAUUAUAAAUACACAGAUAUGCAAAUGAAUAUGAUUUAAAUGGUUGGGAAAGCUCUUCUACAAAGUAUCCCGUACACUGCUAAAGUAUUCCUGGGAGAGUUUAUUUGUGAUCACUUUGCACCACAAGUCUCUUUCAUGGGGCCAUGAAAGCAAUAACGACAACAUUAAAACAUUCAUUUACACACAUGAAUAAUAUACAUAUUUGAUUAAAUCUAGAAAUGAACACGGGUAGAAGCCCAAAAGUCAAAAUGGUCUUUAAAGUGUGUAUGGCAUCAACUAAAACAGAAACUAAAGGACUGUAUUUCAAGUUCUGUAUUCUUGUAAAAAAAAAAAAAAAUGCAAAUGGUCUCUACUGUAUAUUUGAAUUUACAAAAAGGGAUACUUAUCCACUUGAUAUAGCUACUUUCCUCCCUGAAUCACUGAAUAUGUUUUACCAUUGAAAAUAUUGUCAAAAAAUAAUUUGAUGGGAAGUGUAUGCAUAGUUUUUUUGGUAUUGUAUUACUGUAAUGACACACACAGGGGCAUGAACAGGGUGGACUAACGAUUCUUUUUCCCGAUAUGUAAUCGAUGUGCAGGAUCCUUUCUCUCUUGAAAGGGCCAGCACUUAACGAAAUGCAUAUCAUUGUAUAAAAGGAGUUUUAACGCAACACAUGUUCAGAUGUAGAAAACUACAAUGAAUAGCAACUCUCUAAAGGUGAAUUGCUCAGAUAUCUUUUUUGAAUUGUAAUAAGAGGAAUCAGGCCAAAUUCUAUUUCAUUUUCCUAACGAGUUAUUGAGUAGUUACAUGUAACCAAUUAUGUAAAGGUACAGUAGACAUAGCAGUAUGACUUCAUCAUAAAAACAUCCAAGUUCCAGAAAUCAACUACCACAUUGUAAUCAGUCACUAUUGUCCGUUGCCAAUCAUGCAAAGGAAGAGCCAAUAGCAGUUUGACAGAUUUGAUUGUCUAUAAGCAGGAAGUCAACCCGCUGAGUCUACCUUUAAUUAAUACCUUUCAUAAGUACUGUACCCCACAAUCUUUACAAGCUUAAAUUCUUCUUUCCAUGCAUGUUUAGGGGCUUCCAUUUAUAUUCCAAGAAAACUGAUUUUAUUGCUGUUUCUAGCCAAGUGACAAAAUCAAUGCUGAGAUGGUGUCAGAAACCGACAACGUAGAGAUUCAGGCUGAGAUAGCAGCUUAGCCCUCGUUAGCCUUAGCUUUACUAACCUAUAUUAGCCUUCACAGAUGUCCUAAACACAUUUAUUCAGCUGAAUAAUAUGCAUUCAAUUCAGCAAUGUAAAUGUAUUGAAUAUGGACGGAUUCUGCAUGUUGCAAAGUAAGUCAUUUUAGUUCUGACUUAUUUUACAAACAAACAUAGUCAGAUGUGUGGUAUUGCAUGGAUCAACAUCUGCUGGCAAUUUGUUUUAACAGAUUUCAAAACAACGUGUUUGUGAUUUAUCAUGAAGGGCAGAGCUGGUGUUAUAAAAUGAUAAACAAUGGUAAUAAAUACUCAAUGUUUCUAUAAGAGAACACUUAAUAUUCCAUCAUUUUUAAGUGUUUUGGUUCAAUUGUGUAUCAGCCCAAGAAGUGACAGAUACAAUAUGAACACAUAUCAUGCUCCCAUAUGUAGCAAUUAACAUAUAUACAAAUAACUUUGUAGUCAGAGCAAAUGGAAUAUAGGGAAGUCAUAUUCAUUGGGAAUACUAUAGCUAUGCAUGUUUUGUAGCAGUACUUUUGGUAGGUUUGAAUUAAAGGCAGACUCAGCAAUAUGACAUAUAGCUGAGUCUACGUUUAAUGUCAGAUCUUACCGGCCCUAUCCUAUGAGUUGCGCCCAUACACAGCUAUAAGCCUUUUCCGAGGGCACAUGUCAUUGUAAUGCCAGUUGAGUGGCCACAACUACUCAAUCGGUUUUAAAACCCACCACAGAUGGGCUGAAACUCACGUAACCCUGGCGAAACACGCUAAGGGGUUUCUAGUAGAAGCGUUCCAGAGCUCAGACGUGAUACAAAGUAGCUGAAACAUGACGUGUCCAAUGAAGAGGGCCCCACUGAACUUUUCAUAGAGUGGAUACUUGCACAGGAAAACAUGUAUAAAAUGUGUACUUUAGAGCUAAAUGUCACUUUUUAAAUCUAGUGCUGUUCACAAUUGUUUUUAUGCAUUUUUUAAAAUGUUUGCCACUGUAUUUUAUACAAUGCAACACUUAACAGCUAAUAUGAAUGUUGUCCUGGAAUAUACUGUACUUAAAGAAAUUUAAUAUAUUGUGUACAUAUAUUGAUGAAAACCAUUUGUGCAAUUGUAUAAAUGAAUAAACAGAACACAUACUGACUA